GGAAUGACAAACGAUGCCGACUGCUACAUCGUGUCUCAUGGAAAGUCUUAUGUCGAAGUAAUGUCCUCCUGAGCUAAACAAUGAGGAGCGCAAUCGUCAGAUCGAUACGAAAAAGUCUUCUGCUGACCGUGAGCCCUCGUUGCUGCAGAAUCCCAAAGAGAUGCGAGAUUCCUUGCAGGUCGUUCUGGCAGGACGUCUAUUUAUAAGAAUGUCGUCGAAGGUGAAGCGCAUUUGAUGGCGACGGUGAUGAGCGAAUGUGGGUUCCACGAUCGAGUGCAUUCUGCGUGAUGCCAAUUUGGAACUGCAGGUAGCUUCACUUUGUGCCCAAAAUGGUAUGAGACUGUACGCUCAGGUGGAUUCAACACAUCCAGAGCGGAUCGUGGCCUCCAUGGGAUACAAAUACAAUUGUUACAUUGGGAUUGGAAUCCGCUUUGACUCCUGCUUUCCAGCGAUGAUGGAAUUGCGUAUUUGUCAACACUUCCCAUGGAGGCCAUACAAACAAAUGCACAAUUCCAUCAUGCGGGCAAGCAGGAGAGGUGCGAGGAAAAGUUCAUGUCUCCAUUGUGUAGAGUUUUUUAGAAUCGACAGCAAGUCAACGAAGGCUCGGGAAGCGAGUCCGGAGAAUUCCGUGGCCACGCAAGGAGAAGGGUCGAUGUGCCUUCUCCGUGAGCAAUUACUCGCGGCGACAAAGGUGCGGGCCCAUACCCUAGGGACGGACUUCCUUCGCAUUCAGUAGGAAUUCAGGCGCUCCUGUGUUCAUCUUGACGAUCGAUGCGAGGCGACCUGGACGACGGCAGAGAUUCUCGAAUAAUCGCGCGGGAGAGUUUGGAAGCUCUGAAAUUAUUUCUGGAGAUUAGGUUUCGCUCUAUAUACACGGAACGAGGCUGUCAGUGCUCUCUCUCUUGAUUUUAUCGAGCUAUCACAAUCGCGCAACGAAGCAUCCCCUCAGCAAGCGGUCGGCUCCUGGAGCCGGCGUCUGUCUCGGGGGCUGCUUACGAGUCUUUCGAGUUCUCUGCCGUCGAUCACUUAAAGAUCAUGGCUGCCUUACCAAUGAAGCCCGGCAAAGUCGGAGUCGAGGAGGCUACUGAGACGAUCCAUCGAAUCCGAAUUACUCUCUCUUCCAAAAAUGUGAAGAAUCUUGAAAAGGUUUGUGCUGAUCUCAUUCGAGGUGCCAAGGACAAGAGGUUGAAAGUCAAAGGACCAGUCCGCAUGCCCACAAAGGUCUUGCGAGUCACCACGAGAAAAUCUCCCUGCGGAGAAGGAACAAACACUUGGGAUGGGUUUGAAUUACGAGUCCACAAGCGCGUGAUCGACUUGCACAGUCCUCCUGAGGUAGUCAAGCAAAUCACCAGUAUCACUAUCGAGCCAGGUGUUGAGGUCGAAGUCACAAUUGCUGACGUGUAGGAAUCGCCACUUGUUAGUUGUGCUAGGAUCUGUCAAAAAAUCCUUCGGGCGUCGUUGAUGAGCAACAAUUGGAGUUGUUCAAGCUGCAUACUGUCUAGGAAAUUUCCGAGUUGUUGGUAGUCACUUUGUAUAAGUCCAAACUCGGACUAAAUAUGGAUCAACAUGUACUGUCCCGCAACAGAGUAGUAACAGAUCAUGAUUCUCAUUCUUCCUUCAGUUUCUUAAGUUGAGAAGCGGGAAGGAGUUCUUUGUAUCUGGAAUCGAUUGCUUGAAAAUUUUGGUACAUG